AUGAAUAACUCUUAUGAUGGACGAUCUGGGGUGGACCGACAUCCAAGUACACCUAACCUACUAGCUCUUUCACGAGAUGAAUACAUCUCAAGAGUCGAGAACGCAACUGCCACUGACAUACUCGCAAUUAGCGAAGAACCUCCCGUUGAAAUCGAAUAUCCAGAUUGGACCAUCCGAUACGCAAGCCUAGGAGGAAGCACCGAAGUUACCAACAUCGCAUGUCUUUAUGAUGGCUUCAUGGCCGGAAUCCUAAAGGAUCCCGCUCUCAACAUCGAUGAUACUUCUAACUGGACCUCUUACAAUUUCUAUACCAAAAGCGUUGCUAACAGGCAAAACAACAGGGGCCCUGCUGCGGUAGGUCCAGUAGCCAGCACUAUCGUAUCCGCCAAGGCAGCUACGAUCAUAAUAACACUUUCAAACCCAGAAGCUGAAGUAGGCCGAUAUAUUCCUCGUCUCUACGCUAGCGAGCUCAUGUACCAAUCCUGGCGCGAUACAUGCAAUGAAGACGACUCAAUCGAAGCAGGCUACCAGGUGAGUAAUCUGAAAUACAUCAUCCGUGGCCCGAUAGUUGAUCAAGGUAUACACGACACGAUUAGAGAUGUACUUGAAGCGACGGGUUUCUCGUCUAAAGAAAUUGAUAGAGGUGUACGAACUACAUUCUCGGUCACUGAUGUGAAUCCUGCUCUUCUUAGGAGGUUGAUGGAGACUGAAGUUGGUAGAUCGGUUGCGAGGAUGUGUACGGAUCAUCCGCAAAGUUUGGGUGCAAAACAGGUGGGUAAGAUUCAUGUUUGGAAUGAUGUUCUGGGCAGUGAUGCCGAUGGUGUUUUGGUUUUUGAAUUAGAAUAA